GGGUGGAGAUGGUACGGUCCAUACUGUGAAGCGGCUCCGUCCCCCUCCCGUCAGUCCGUGGUUAGCCCGGGUCCUGCCGCACUGACGCCGGUCUAACGGCUCCACAAUCACCCGCCGAGAGAACCGGGAUGCUGGGGGAACCGUGACGCCGUGGGGCUCCUGGGCACGGUCCUUCUCCAGCGGGGAAUGAAUGUUGUUUGUAGCCGCUCUGUGUGUCUCUUCAGCGGUAAACAGAGAGAGAGAGGCUCCUCUUGUUAGUUCCUAGCCGCCUCCACCACCACCACAGGGGGCUCCGCACCGAGCCGCGGCCGCUUGACAGGUGCCGUCGCCCGGCUUCUGCGUGGAGAGAUGCCGCCCGUCCAGAGAACCAUGUCUGAUCUUCGUAGCCGGGCGGAGGGAUAUGAAAAGACAGAGGACACGUCAGAAAAGACGUCCUUAGCUGACCAAGAAGACGCCCGACUGAUAUACCUCAACCAGCCACAGUUCACUAAGUUCUGCAACAACCGAGUCAGCACAGCCAAAUAUAACGUCCUCACCUUCCUCCCUCGCUUCCUCUACUCCCAGUUCAGGAGGGCAGCCAACGCCUUCUUCCUCUUCAUCGCACUGCUGCAGCAAAUCCCGGAUGUUUCUCCCACCGGUCGCUGGACCACUCUGGUGCCGCUGCUCUUCAUCCUGGUGGUCGCUGCUGUCAAGGAGUUCAUCGAGGAUCUGAAACGUCACAAUGCCGACAGCAUUGUCAACAAAAAGGAAUGUCAAGUACUGAGGAAUGGUGCCUGGGAGAUUGUGCACUGGGAGAAGGUGGCUGUGGGUGAAGUGGUCAGAGCGGCUAACGGGGAUCACCUCCCGGCUGACCUCGUCAUUCUGUCGUCCAGUGAACCACAGGGCAUGUGCUACAUUGAAACAUCUAACUUGGAUGGAGAAACAAACCUUAAAAUCAGACAGGGCCUCCAGCUGACUGCAGACAUCAAGGACAUCGACAGCCUGAUGCGUCUCUCCGGCCGGAUGGAGUGCGAGAGUCCAAACCGACAUCUGUACGAGUUUGUCGGGAACAUCCGGCUGGAUGGACACAGUACGGCAGCGCUGGGUCCAGACCAGAUCUUACUGAGAGGAGCUCAGCUGAGGAACACUGGCUGGGUUCAUGGUGUGGUGGUCUACACGGGACACGACACCAAGCUCAUGCAGAAUUCCACUCGGCCUCCUCUGAAGCUGUCCAACGUGGAGCGCAUCACCAACUUCCAGAUCCUGGUGCUGUUCGGCUGCCUGCUGGCCAUCUCUCUGGUCUGCUCCAUCGGCCAGACCAUCUGGAAGUACCAGUACGGCAAUGAUGCCUGGUACAUGGACCUCAACUAUGGCGGAGCGGCUAACUUUGGUCUCAACUUCCUCACCUUCAUCAUCCUCUUCAACAACCUGAUUCCCAUCAGCCUCCUGGUCACACUGGAAGUUAUCAAGUUCAUUCAAGCCUUUUUCAUCAACUGGGACACCGACAUGCUUUAUGAACCCACAAACACCCCGGCCAUGGCCCGCACCUCCAACCUGAAUGAAGAACUAGGACAGGUGAAAUACAUUUUCUCUGACAAGACGGGGACGCUGACCUGCAACGUGAUGCAGUUUAAGAAGUGCACCAUCGCCGGCGUGGCCUACGGUCACGUCCCUGAGGCAGACGAGGGUAGUUUUGCAGAGGACGACUGGCACAGCUCUCACUCAUCAGACGAGGAGGGAUUUAAUGACCCCAGCUUACUGGAAAACCUCCAAAGUAAUCACCCCACAGCUGCUGUCAUCCUGGAGUUCAUGACCAUGAUGGCCAUCUGUCACACGGCCGUCCCUGAACGCACCGAUGGAAAAAUCACCUACCAGGCUGCAUCUCCAGACGAAGGAGCUCUGGUGAGAGCAGCGAGGAACCUCGGCUUCGUGUUUUCUGGAAGAACUCCAGACAGCGUCAUCGUGGAAAUGCCUGGAACAGAGGAGAAGUACGAACUGCUUCAUGUGCUGGAGUUUACAAGCACGAGGAAGAGGAUGUCAGUCAUCAUGCGCACCCCAUCUGGGAAGAUCCGCCUCUACUGCAAAGGAGCUGACACGGUGAUCUACGACCGGCUGGCCGACAGCUCCAGGUACAAAGAGAUCACGUUAAAGCACCUGGAGCAGUUUGCUACUGAGGGACUUCGUACGCUGUGUUUUGCGGUGGCCGACGUCAGCGAGUCGUCCUACCAGCAGUGGCUGGAGAUCCACCACCGAGCCGUCACCUCGCUGCAGAACAGAGCGCUGAAGCUGGAGGAGAGCUACGAGCUCAUAGAGAAGAACCUGCAGCUGCUUGGGGCCACAGCGAUAGAGGACAAGCUCCAGGACAAGGUGCCAGAGACCAUCGAGACUCUGAUGAAGGCGGACAUCAAGAUCUGGAUCCUGACGGGGGACAAACAGGAAACAGCCAUUAACAUUGGACAUUCCUGCAAACUACUGACCAAGAACAUGGGCAUGCUAGUGAUCAAUGAGGACACGCUUGAUAGAACCAGAGAGACGCUGAGCCACCACUGUGGCCUGCUGGGAGACGCCCUCUACAAGGAAAACGACUUCGCUCUCAUUAUUGACGGCAAGACCCUGAAAUACGCUCUCACAUUCGGCGUGCGGCAGUACUUCCUGGACCUCGCCCUGUCCUGUAAAGCUGUCAUAUGCUGCAGAGUUUCUCCUCUCCAGAAGUCGGAGGUGGUGGAGAUGGUGAAGAAGCAGGUGAAGGUGAUCACGCUGGCCAUCGGUGACGGAGCUAACGACGUGGGGAUGAUCCAGACGGCUCACGUCGGGGUGGGAAUCUCAGGCAACGAGGGUCUGCAAGCAGCAAACUCCUCUGAUUACUCCAUCGCCCAGUUCAAAUACUUGAAGAAUCUGCUGCUGGUGCACGGAGCCUGGAACUACAACCGUGUAGCCAAGUGUAUCCUGUACUGCUUCUACAAGAACAUCGUCCUCUACAUCAUCGAGAUCUGGUUUGCAUUCGUCAAUGGUUUCUCCGGCCAGAUCCUGUUUGAACGCUGGUGCAUCGGCUUAUACAAUGUGCUCUUCACUGCUCUGCCUCCUCUCACUCUGGGAAUCUUUGAGCGCUCCUGCAGGAAAGAGAACAUGCUGAAAUACCCCGAACUCUACAAAACCUCCCAGAAUGCAAUGGGCUUUAACACCAAGGUCUUCUGGGCCCAUUGUCUGAACGGCCUCUUCCACUCCGUCAUCCUUUUCUGGUUCCCCCUUAAAGCCUUCCAGCAUGAUACAGUUUUUGGCAACGGAAGGACUCCAGACUAUCUCCUCUUAGGCAACAUGGUUUACACAUUUGUGGUGAUCACAGUUUGUCUGAAGGCCGGCCUGGAGACCUCGUCCUGGACCAUGUUCAGUCACAUCGCCAUCUGGGGAAGCAUCGCUCUGUGGGUGGUGUUCUUCAUUAUCUACUCCGCCCUGUGGCCCCUCAUCCCUCUGGCCCCCGACAUGUCCGGAGAGGCGAAGAUGAUGUUCUGUUCGGGGGUCUUCUGGACUGGCCUGGUCUUCAUCCCAGUCACCUCGCUGGUCUUUGACGUGGCGUACAAAGUAGUGAAGAAGGUGUGUUUCAAGACGCUGGUUGAUGAAGUUCAGGAGCUGGAAGCUUUAUCCAAAGACCCGGGAGCAGUGGUGCACGGCAAGAGUUUGACUGAGAGGGCUCAGCUCCUGAAGAACGUCUUCAAGAAGAGCACGGUCAGUUUGUACCGGUCUGACUCCAUGCAGCAGAACCUGCUCCAUGGCUACGCCUUCUCUCAAGACGAGAACGGAGUGGUGUCUCAGUCUGAGGUGAUCAGAGCGUACGACACCACCAAACAGAGGACCAACGAGUGGUGAGCCGCCGGGCGCUCCAUCGGAGCCGCUGCAGCCGUUUCUACUGGCGAUAUUUGGAGCUUAGCGAGGGAGGACCAGCCUCCAGCACUGAGGGGAGUUAUGGACAUGAAACGAGAGAGAGUGUCUUUGAAAAAGGGAGAAAAAAAACAAAGGAACAAAAGAAAUUGUGUUCACUUUCAGCUGUAGUUGUGUGUCCAGCAGACAUGACGAGCACUGUGCUUUCUGAGUCUGUGGUCUGAAGUUCUUCACUGUUUCACUCACUUUGUUGGAGUGAACCUCGAAAAAUUAAUUAAAUUACAAAUCUAACUCCUAAACACUGUUAUUGUAGAAUUAAAAACACUGGACAAUGAUUAGCUUUUAGAGCUUUUAGAGGAUUUGAACUUGUGAAAGAUUGCCAAAGAGCAGUCGUGUAUACAAUCUUCCAAGUACUCGUGAAUUCGGAUAAAACUUUAAACCAAAUGUAAUCACUCCUGAGUGUCUUCUCACUCAGCGGACCACUUCAGAGCAGACAUUGUAAUAUUUAAAUUCUUUUUUUGCACUUAAGGAAGCGUCUAUUGUGUAAAGCCUUACAUUUGCUCAUGCCUUCACCCUUCUUUUGAAAGAAAUGUUUCUUUUUAGCUCCAUUUUUUAAAAGUAUGUAGAUAUCGUGCCUGCUUUUAUUUUUAAUUUUUCCUUUUUUUUGUUUAAAAAGUUGCCUCAUGCAACUCACUGUAGUCCUGUUUUUUCACCGUUUUACAGCAGAAGCAUUGACAGAUAAUUGCAUUCCACACAUCACUCCUGUCUCAACUAUCACAACGGUGCCUACGUAGAACUUUUCCCUCGUAGAAAACACAAAAUAAAAAAAGAUAGCCACGAAUAGUUUAGCCAGCUAGUUCAGACCAGUGCUCCACACACACACCUACUGAAACCACUGUCUCCCCACCACAGUAUUGCACUCGUACAAUGUGAAAACUACAGAGUGCCUUUGUGGCACAUGUAUCAAGUCAGAUUUGUUCCUGCGGAGGUGAACAGGAGGCUCUCGGAUGGUUUUGUUGGAGCUUACACAGUGUUUCCCUUAAAAUGGAGAUUUUAUCCUUCUAACAUAAGUGCCAUUAGCUUAAGGGAGAGAGAGAAAUAUUAGCCAGGAAAACUCCAUGACAAUAUCAAAACUACUUUGUCUCUAUAGUUAUUUUGUGGAUUUGUAUUUUUAUAUUGGAGAUGUAUGAAUUUUGCAUUGACUGGCUUUGUAAUGAACUGUCUGUAGUUUUGUUUUCUU